GAUUGACAUGACCCUCGGACCGUUCAAUGAGUAAUGAUGCGACGCAAUGAUGCAGCAGGCAAAGCCUCAUGGCAUCUUGCGCUGCCUGUGCACAUGUUUCCUUUGCGCGGUCUCCGCGCAAUUUGCGGAGUUUGACUACCUCCGGAAUUCAGGCCGGUUCAGUCAGUGUUUUUUUAAUUUUGCGAGGAGGUCAGAUGCUUGAGGGUUUCGCCCGGUGGGAAGAUAUUUUGUUUUUAGUCGGGAACACUUAAGAAACAGACCUGGCUGACUUUGAUUGACGCUAAUGGCUUGGAUUUGUGCUUGCUCACCCAGGUGUGAGCACAUAGCUAUAGGCAGCUCAUGAUACAGGGACACGAUGACAUGACAGGACAGUCUUCUGCAAAUAGAGUUGUAUCAUGUUAUAUGAGUUACUUGUAACAGGUAGAAAGAGAGCCAGAGCGAGAGCAAGAGAGAGAGAGAGAGAUAGAGAUAGAGAGAGCUCUGCUGCCUCACGCUGCAUGGGCUCACAGAUGAUUCCAACACUGUACUUGUGCCGUGGCGCCCGCGGCUGUGGCCCCCCAUGCCGCGUGGCACUCGCUCGCCUGGGCGGCCACGCAUGCACAUGGCGCUCAGCGGCGCGGGCGCCCCGAGCGCCUGGUCCAGUGUUUCUGCGCGGAACUGCUACCUCCAGUGAAGCUAAGGAACGUGUUUGGCAUUUGCCUGAGUGGGCCAAGCAGGAACCACGACCUCCGAUGCAGCUCCGCUUGUUGGGCUUUGGCAUGUUGGUUCCCCUGGCCGCCGGCUCUCUGGCGGUGCAUUUGCUGGUGGAUGAUGACUCAGAGGCCGAGGACGACCUCAGUCGGGUGGCUUUGAAUUGGUCCUUACACUAUGCUGGCGCUUUGCUCUCUUGCGCAGGUGCCCUUCACUGGGGCAUGCAGGUAGCAGAGCUUGGUGUGCCCAAGCGUAGCGACUACAUGGGUUUGUACUACCUGAUGCGCUUCAGUGGCCCUGUGGUCUUUGUCUUCUUUGGAUGGCUGGGCUCGGUCUUGACCACGGCGCUCCCCGUGGAGGCAUCUCUGUGGCUGCUCACGGGCUUUACCGGCUUGCUCAGUGCCGACUGGCUAGCGAAAGCCUUCCGGGUGGCACCAGCAUGGUGGUUCCGGUGGAGAGCGGGCUUCAAUCUUUCGGCCAUGGGCUGCAUCUUGAUCUUGCUGCUGAGUGAGCGCAAUCUCUAUCUGGGCCAAAAGCCAAAGAUUCGCAUGUGAGAAAAAAGAAGGAUUGCUUUUCAUAGCGGCCAGUUGUACGAGCUUGCAUUAGAAAGAUUGUGGACGGACGAGUUCAUUCAGGGAAUCGUGGUACGCUUUCAGUUGAUGCAAUUGUUUGGAGGCCCCUUUUGCCCAAGCGCGCUUGAGCUUUGGUACUUGAGGGUGCCUUACGGCGCUGGAGUAGCAAAGUGUGGGGAAGGGACAUUGGACGGCCCUCCUUUGCCAGAGAGGCCAACCCCACCGCCACCCACGAGCACCACGACCUUCACAGUGGUCACCACCGUGCCUGGCUUUCAGCAGGAAAACCAGGCCACCUGUUGCACGACGCUGCCCCCUCGGAGCACGGCCAUUCCAGCCUACACCACGGCACCGCCCUACAACUAUGUUUGGGACACCAGCACCGUGACGAACACACUCACCAGUAGCUCAAGCCUGACGAGCACGAGUGGAACAGACACAACCAUCAGCACCACAUCAGUCUCCUCAUCCAGUACUCAAAGCAUGCCCUGGUGGUGGAACAGCUCCUAUGUCUCCACAACCACCUCGAUGUCUACAAGCAGCAUCACCCACACACAGACCACUAGUACAAGCUCUUCUCGUACCACGUCUACCUCCUCCAGCAUCACACUGACCAGUACCACCGCACCCUGGCCCAGACCCACCACCACUACUUCAACCUUCACGUCCUCCACCACCAACAGCAGCACGGCGACCACAACCACGACGGGCUCCUCCAGCUCCACCAGCUCAUCGAGCCAAACGUAUACGAGCUCCACCAGUAGUACCAUAUCACAGACCACCACCACGACCAUCUCCACGACCUCUACGACGCUGAGUAGUACCACGACGGUUCUUCCUGACCCACCGGUCCCUUGCUUGCCGCUGUGUCCCAGAAUCACACCCACCGCCUGCCGUGGCGUCCUCAUGUCGGAUCAGAUGUGCGAGACAACAAUGCUCAACUCGGCGUGCUUCGAGCCCUCGGAGCUGCUCUUCACUUGUCCUGGCACCAACAAGGAUCCCAAUCGCAAUCAAGACCUCACUGGAGGACACUAUGGUGUGAAAUGCUGGAUUUGCAGCUUCGAUAGUUCCGCACUGAAGGAUGGCUUCCUGACGGACGUGGACCUUCGAACAGGUUACAUCCAGGUGGAUCUCAAGUUCGGUCCGAACAUGUUGGGCAGCACCCUCAACGAGGAGCACAUCGACGGAUAUGCGAUCUUCUUGACGGACCUGGAGGGUGACCGAUACGACUUCUCCAAUCCAGUCGUCUCUGUGCCCAAGAAGUUCGGUAGUGGUUUGGCAGCCAAUGGCUGCUGUGAGGAAGAUGCCUACUCUGCUCGAGUGACAACCCAACUUCCAGACGGAGUGACACAGGUGCGCUUUGAGGUGGCCCCGAUCCUGACAGGGCUGGGCCCUUUGGCAGUGGGCCGCAUCUCUGCGCCGGUGGUUGAUGCCCAGCCGUUCAACCAAGUCACAUCCUUUGCAUGCCAAACCUACUAUUCUUUGGCCUUCAUUGCAUUGCUCACAAGCAGACUAAACCAUGAUUUCUAAGAAAUUCAUGAGAAAAUAAACAUUAUAUAAU